AUGAAUUUGCAAUUUUAGUUAGAAUUAAAGUUAAAAGAUUUUGAGUAUAGAAAAUUGUAAUAACAAUUAAAUGUUAUGAAAUCAGUUGUAGAUGAAAAAGCAAUGAAAUUUGAUUCUAUUAAAAAAUAAUUGACUGAAACUUUUAGUGCUCUUAUAAAAUAUGUGCAAUUAGAAUUAUAAAAUUUAAAAAAAGAAUUACUCUGUCUCAUUUCUACUUAGAAAUAAGAAAUAAUUUAAUUCUAAAAUGAAUAGAUUUCUCUUAAAUAUAUUUAAGAAUUAGAAUAAUUAAAUUAGCAAUAUUAUGAAGAAAAAGAAUAAUUUAAGAUAAGGAUAGAUAAAUUAACUAAAUAGUUAAUAGAAUCAGAAAAAAAUGAAGUAUAUUUAAUGAUGCUCAAUACUAAAUAUAUAAAAGAGAAUGAAUUAUUAAAUCAUUAAUUACUAUCUAAAAGUAGAUAAAUGAGUUAAACAGAACAAAAUUUUUAUCCAAAUAAAACAGGAUUCAUAUCUAAAUUUUUAAAUAAAUAUACAUGA